CUCUUCUUGAAUGAGUCAUUGUAGUUUUUUGCAGUUUGUCACAUGCUCUAUUGUCAUCACAUUCUCAUCAUGCACAAUGAGGAACUGCAGAGUUAAUGUCACUAGACAUUCAGAAUCACAGCAGCUCAAAUACAUGUCUUCAGAGAAUCGUCUUGAAGAAAAUCUCCAGAUGGCCAUAUCCUCUGAUCAUGGUGAUGUUAGUGUGUAUCAGAGAGUGCACUCCAAUGCCAGACCCCCAUCAGAGGGACAAGAUGCUGAAACUAGAGCUCUCCCAGCAGGUAGGGGGCAGAGUGGAGCUCACACAGGCAGAACAGCAACUAGACUCACGUCUACACCAGCUAAAAGUGAAAGAAAUGGGCGUUUCGCCGUUCCCCCCCACCAAACACUUCUUUAAAGUGCGGCAUAUCAUCCAAAAAAGCCCCAUCUUCAAACUGCUGCAGAAAAUGCCCAAAGGUGCCGCCCUUCACAUCCACAGCUCUGCCAUGGUGGGUGUGGAUUGGCUGGUGCUGAAUGCGACAUACAGGCCUCAUUGUUAUAUCUGUUUCACAUCAAAGGGGUCAGUGCGGUUCCUAUUCUCUGCACAUAUGCCCUUCCUGCGUUGGGGAUGCUUUUCCUGGAGCCGAUUAGACAUGUUGAGGGCCAGUCUUGGUGAUGUCACUGCUUUUGACAACGGUUUAAUGCAGAAUCUUACACUCUUCACGGAGGAUCCAGAGACUGCUUACCCAACACAGGAUGCAGCAUGGGAAAGGUUUGAGGAAACUUUUCUCGCUCUUUCUGGGCUGAUCACAUAUGCACCUGUCUUUAAAGACUACAUCUACCAGGGUCUGAAGGAACUCUAUGAAGACAACAUCAUGUACCUGGAGCUGAGAGUUGGACUGUCCAAGGCCUAUGAACUGGAUGGCACUGUCCAUGACAGAGCAUGGUCUCUAGAAGUCUACAGAGACAUCACCGAGCAGUUCAGAGCAAGUCAUCCAGACUUUAUAGGAACUCGUAUAAUCUUAUCUGUCCACAGGACUCUUAGUGUGUCUGACGUGAAGCAAGAUGUAAAAGAUGCUAUUGAAAUGCAGAAACAAUAUCCAGAUAUCAUCGCCGGAUUUGACCUGGUUGGUCGUGAAGACACCGGAAAAUCUAUCUGGAAUUAUCAAGAAGCUUUAUCAGUCCCUUCAGAAAUUAAGAUAAAACUUCCUUACUUUUUCCAUGCUGGAGAGACAGAUUCUCUUGGUACAGAUGUGGACAAGAAUGUUUUGGAUGCUCUGCUGUUUAACACCAGUCGUAUCGGACAUGGUUUUGCACUGGUACACCAUCCUCUGGCUAAGAAACUCUCCAGGGAAAGAGGAGUGGCAGUGGAGUUGUGCCCCAUUUCUAAUCAGGUUUUAAAUCUGGUCUCGGACCUGCGAAACCACCCUGCCACAGUGCUUAUGUCAGAAGGCCAUCCUUUAGUAGUGAGUUCUGAUGAUCCAACCUUGUUCGGGACCACAGGACUCUCAUAUGACUUCUAUCAGGUUUUUGUGGGUAUUGGAGGAUUGAAUGCUAAUCUGGGCACUCUGAAGGAGCUUGCAAUGAAUUCAAUAAGGUACAGUUCCUUGUCGCCAGAGCUACAGAAUAAUGCUACAAUGGUAUGGCAGAAAAAGUGGGACCGAUUCAUUGCAGAAAAUUAAAAAUUGUGACAAACAGAAGAGGAGGAGAUUGGGAGGUGUAAGGGAUAAGUCAACUGGUCAUUGUCACAAAAUAAAUGGCUGGCUGAAUGUACAUUAUCCUGCUUAUUACACAGCGACUUUCCAAAUAAAUAAAUAUUUGGACAUGAAAUACUGAGUUUCAUUUAAAUCAUUUAAUUAAGUUAGAAAGAGUCUCUUUUUGAAAUGUACUCUCACUAAGAAAUUUAAAACUAAAUAAAAGGAAAUGCACAAGGACCGACAGAGGAACAUGUUGUUUAAAAGCUUUGGGACUAUUGUCAGUUUCAUGCCAUACAUUUUUUUAUAAAAGAAAAAAGCCUUCCGCUUUUCAGAAGUCCUGAUUUACAGUACAUGCUGUAU